GGCGUACUUCCGGUGCGCAGCGGGCGGCCAUGUUGGAGCAGCGGAGGCGGCGCAGAGGUGCGUCUUGGGUCCUUGCGGCGGCGCCGGUGCCAAGCCCUGGUUUGUGGAUACCCAGGCAGAUCUGCAGUGCCUAAUGCCAUGAGCGUGGUGGUGCAGCAUGUGGAGGAGAAAGCUGUGCACUCCUGGUCGCGGAUCUCCACGGCAGGGAAGAAGGCCCUGGAGGAGGCGCUGCUUGUCUUUAACCCUAUGAGCCAGGAUCUCAGUGCCACUGAGGCCCAGCUUGUGGCCUUCCUGCAGGGCCUGCGGGAUGAUGGCUUCCAACCUACCAUCCUGCGGAGCGGUGAUGUCUAUGGCUAUAGUUCAUGCACAGCCAACCCCCCAAGCCAGACAAAGCUGCAAGCUCGUGCCCCCAUGCCAGCUGCCACAUCACCUCCAGCCAGUGCUCCCCGAACUCCCAUGCAGCUUUCUGCAGGCCGGGCCACAUUGCUUCCCAUGCCACUGUCUGGCAGGCUGGCCAAAGCGUCCACACCACCUCUCACCAAGCAUGCCACCACCAACCUGCUACUGAACUCCCUGAAGCAGUCAAGUGCCAGCCAUGCCCAGGGUGCAGCAGUGGGCUUUCCCACCCACCUCUAUCCAGGUGUCUACCCUGCCAUGCGGCUGUCCGUUGUACUUGAGGCCCUGGUUCCACUCAAGACUCCCAUACCCUGCUUGAGUGCCAAGCACAAGGCACAGUCAGUGCAGCUCUCACUUGCAGACUCUCCCCUGAAGCUGCGGAGAGGUCCAGGGAAGAGCCCGGGGAAUUCCCAGCCCAAAGUUCCCAGAAAAGCCACAAGCAAGGGCCCCAAGAGUCUGACUCAAAGAGGCUCCAGGGCUGGACCCCGACAAGGCAAUGGGCCCCAGAACAAGACCUACAAAGCCACUGGGUCCCUCAGCAGCCCACGAAUGAAAGGUGACUGUUCACUGGGCACCAAAAUAGCCCAGGCCAAAGCUGCCCGUGCUCAGGCCAAGGUGGCUAGAACACAGGCCAAAGUUGCCAAGGCCCGGGCAAAAGCCAAGGCAGCACAGAUCAAGGCUAAAGCCAAGGCAGCUCGGGCCAGGGCCAAAGCCAAGGCCAAGGCAGUGCAGGCCAAGGCCAAGGCCAAGGCAGCACGGGCCAGGGCCAGGGCCAAGUCCAAGGCAGUGCGGGCCAAUGCCAAGGCAGUGCAGGCCAAGGCCAAGGUGGCUCGGAUCCAGCCCAGGGGCAGGGGCAGGCCAAAAAGGUCUGUUCAGGCCAGGACUGCAAGGAAGGGCCAGAAAAGAUGCCCCGAGACUGUGGGGCAGAAGAGGAAAAGGGCUGAUGAGGAAAAGGAUCUUCCUCCCCGGAAGAGAACACGUCUUGGGUCCCAAUCCCCUAAGAUGUGGUUAGGACGUGGAACAGCAAAGCUCCUGAGAUUCCAGGCCAUCAAGGUGGACAGGAGGUCCUCAGAUGAUGAGGUGCGGCAGCAGGCUCAGCAGAUCCUCCAUGUGAACCUUUCUCCUAUAAUACAGCUCCAGCCAUUGCUGCCAUAAUUGGCAUCCUGAUGACAGUGUUCGGGGAGACUGAGUCCACUUGUCUGUGUGGUCAUUGUCACAGAGUGCAAUGCCCAUGGAUUCCACAACCCCAAGGACUCUGGGGUGCCUCUCCAGUCCCUGAGAACCACUGGCGUCCUGAAGGACAUGGGUGGGGUGGGCAGGUGGGAGGGGUGGUCUCAUGGUGCAAUGCACUGGGACUUGUUACUCUUCGAAUUGUAUGUCCACUGUUCCAUCUAUCACGUUUUAUACCUUUC